UGGAGGGGGGAGGGGCGACAAGAGGAUGGCCACGGUUGGCCGGUUAGGCUGUGAAUGGACAGCAGGCGGCAGAGCGAAGUGACGGAAGUGAAAUGAGAACAGGAGUAGAUGGCGGGAAAGAUGAUGUAAAGGUGAAAUAAGAUAAAAAACAAAUCGGAAAAGGAGAACAACAAGCAGAGUGAAAGUAAACCUGUAAUGUGGAGGAAACGGACAGUGAGCGCAGUGUAACCGUGACAACGAGACACGAGGACGGAUUUAAAGUGAUCAUAAAAUCGUCUCCAGACGGUCGUGGUUCGUCCAGUGGGCGGGAUUAAUGCACCUGUAAGCUGAUUUGUCAAACGCCAUCAAGCCCUGAAGAAGAACGGAGGAGGACAGCACUACUGUGGUAGAGGAGCGGUGUGUGUGCAGACAUGGCUGCUGUUGAUGAAGCGGACUGAACUUAGAGGAGAGACACAAACUGAAGUACUGAUCCCGUCACAUCAGUGUGGAUCUGACACCAACGUCUGUAUCGCUUCAUCGAUGCUUGUAUCGAUCCGUCCAGCCUGAGUUGAAGCAGCAAUGAGUUCAGUUCAGUAUCUGAGAGAGUUCCUCAAGGAGAGACUAACUGCUGUUUGUGAAGAAAUCUUCUCAGAGGUUCAAAAAACCAUCGUCCAGUAUGAGGAGGAGAUCAACCGUCAGCACAGACUGCUGGAUAUCAGCCGGAAACCCGACAGAAACUCACACAUCACAGACCUCCCACAACAACAUGACUGUGAGGAAGAGGAGGGUCUGGGUGAGCAGCAGGUCUGUAACCAGGAGAGGAACUCCAGUGUGGACCAGGAGGACCCAGAGCCUCCACAGAUUAAAGAGGAACAGGAGCAACUCUGCAGCAGUCAGGAGGGAGAGCAGCUUGGACUGAAGCAGGAGUCUGAAGGCAUUAUCAUCUGGACUGAUGAAGAGCAGCUCAGACUGCUAAAGACCAUCUGGAAACCUGUGAUAAAGUUACACAGAAUAGAUGUCCAACAGCAGCAUGCUUUUGAGGAAGAGGAGGUUUUUACCGACCAGGAGGUCUGUAACCAGGAGAGGAACUCCAGUGUGGACCAGGAGGACCCAGAGCCUCCACAGAUUAAAGAGGAACAGGAGCAACUCUGCAGCAGUCAGGAGGGAGAGCAGCUUGGACUGAAGCAGGAGACUGAUGCCUUCAUGGUGACAUCCGCUUGUGAGGAAAGUGCACACAGUGAAUCAGAACCAAACAGUGAGCAGCUCCUUUCUCACAGCUCUCCUGAAGCACAGAGCCGAGAUCAUGAAGAAAAUCAGCAUGUGGACUCAGGAUCUAUUAGAAAUGCAGAGCUGAAGAAGGGACGUCACAGAAAGAGAAGUCACAGUCAGAGAGUAGACAACACUCCUGUGUCAGUGAGUCAAAGUAGAACUGACGCAAAGAAUAAGUCUGUACAAUAUGACGUAUGUGAAAAAAGUUUGCAGAAUAAAUACAAAAUGACUACACAUCUAAGAAUUCAAACAAGAGAGAAAACAUAUUCCUGUAGCACUUGUGGAAAAACAUUUACUACCUCAUCAACAUUCAAAACACACACGAGAAUUCACACAGGUGAGAAACCAUAUUCUUGUAGUACCUGUGGGAAAAGAUUUGCUGACUCAUCAGCGUUCCAAAGACACACUAGAAUUCACACAGGUGAGAAGCCGUAUUCUUGUAGCACCUGUGGGAAAAGAUUUGUGCAGAGGACACAGUUAGAAAGACACAUGAGAAUUCACACAGGUGAGAAGCCGUAUUCCUGUAGCACCUGUGGGAAAAGAUUUGCUGACUCAUCAACGUUCCAAAGACACACUAGAAUUCACACAGGUGAGAAGCCGUAUUCUUGUAGCACCUGUGGGAAAAGAUUUGCCCUUAGGACACACUUAGAAAAACACAUGAGAAUUCACACAGGUGAGAAGCCGUAUUCUUGUAGCACCUGUGGGAAAGGAUUUGUGCAGAAGACAGACUUAGAAAAACACACUAGAAUUCACACAGGUGAGAAGCCGUAUUCUUGUAGCACCUGUGGGAAAGGAUUUGUGCAGAGGACACAGUUAAAAACACACAUGAGAAUUCACACAGGUGAGAAGCCGUAUUCCUGUAGCACCUGUGGGAAAAGCUUUGCUGUCUCAUCAGCGUUCAAAAGACACACUAGAAUUCACACAGGUGAGAAACUGUAUUCUUGUAGCACCUGUGGGAAAAGAUUUGUGCAGAGGACAGACUUAAAAACACACAUGAGAAUUCACACAGGUGAGAAGCCGUAUUCCUGUAGCACCUGUGGGAAAAGCUUUGCUGUCUCAUCAGUGUUCAAAAGACACACUAGAAUUCACGCAGGUGAGAAACCGUAUUCUUGUAUCACCUGUGGGAAAAGAUUUGUGCAGACGAUACAAUUAAAGAAUCACAUGAGAAUUCAUACUGGUUAAAAUGUUCAUACUUAUAAAAUGUGGGAAAACUGUGAGUCAUCGCUGAACACCUGAGUGAAAAGAUGAUCCAUAUUAAAGUCAGUAUUUUAGACCCAGAACAGUAAAGAAAUCUCAGCACUGUUUGUUCAGUUUAUUACCUUAUUCUGUUAAUUGUAACAGGGAAAGUCUUAUUUUACAUUUCACCAAGGUUAAAGUUCAGUGUGCUCCUGUUCUGCUGGUUCAUUGUUUCAUUUUAUUGAUUUAAGCGUUGUUCAUGUGUUUUUUUAAGGUUUAUUAAGAUUUUAAGAUUUUUUUUGUUACAAAGAUGUAAUCUCAAAUGUGUGAAAGCAGCAUAACAGAGUGUUCUGCCUUAUUUUUACACAGGUUUUUCAUUGUUUCUGACAGUGGCAUUCCAUCAGAACAAGCUUGCCUUGUCAAAUAAAAAAAAUACUGAUGAAGAUAAUUGUAUGAAAGUAAAGUGAUGUCUCUCCUUUAAUAUCAGACAGCGCUGUCAUAAAGCUUCUCACCUUCAUUUGAUAUUUAAUCUCUUGAUAUUAUCGCCAUCUUGUGGCUGCAGUUGGUUGUUGUCACUGAAAGCUGUUCUUCUUUCAUGUGUAGUCAUCUAGGUCCAUGUGUACGUCUCCCAUUAACAAUGACUGGAGCUGGUUAAGCUGUGAGGCCAACAGCUUGUUUCUGGUGGUUUGUGCGAGUUAAUUGCCCCUGUGAAAUAAAUUU